GUGCGCGCUCGCUGCUAUAUACGUGGGUGCAGGCUGCAGUACCAGUGCGUACAUGGAUUAGCGAGCGAGCAGAGCGGAUGACUAUAGACUAUAAAGAGAAUAGAACGUAAUGAUCGUCAGUAUUUCGGUGGUGACUGGUCGCCGAGCGGUCUAUCGCCCUCGUCACCGCGACGUCAAUUUUCGCGAAAGAGCUGAGCCUAGAGUUUAGCUCACGCGGACGAGGUGAACCGAAUGAGCACUGAACGCGGUUCGUGUCAGCAGCAGCAGCAGCACUAUCCGAGCCGUGCUGCUACGCUGCGACAGCUCCUCGCGUGUGGUUUAUACGGCAGCAGCUCGCCAAUUCUCCUUUCCCGUUGGAUUUCGCACUGGCAGAGAGACUCGCGAGCCAUGAGCCGGCCUCGUUAGUUCCAAGUCACAAGUCGUAAAGUUGCGGCCUCUUGCAUGCUCUCUCUCUCUCUUUCUCUCUCUCUCUCUCUCUCUCUCUCUCUCUCUCUCUCUCUCGCUGCUGCUGCUGCUCGUUCCUGCACACGCUUGAGUAUCUCGAGCGCGCGCGCGUAGCCCAGUGUUCAUCUCAACUGGCCUGUCUAUAUUUGAGAUAAACAUAUCAGCAUACAAGUUGACAGUGGCAUCGGCGGGCUGCUGUACAGUUACGACGACUAGCCAUUGUUGUGUAGACAUCGAGCAAGUUCGCCAAGUGCGCUGGAUACGUCCACGAGACCUAUCCACCUAUGCCUGGUUCUACGAUUCGGCAUUUUGAAAUCUCGCCUGUUGCCCUCGCAAUUGACUUCGGUACUGGAGUGGCUCCUUGGCAACGUGCGACGACAGGCUGCACGAGCACAGGUUUCCGACCAACAGGCGCAGUUUUUCCAAAACCGGCACAGACCAUUAAGACGCUGAUCCUAUUGCCGUAAGGCUUGCUUUACAAACAUGUCAAUCGUCAUGGAAUAUGUGGAUCGAUUUCACGAGAUGUUGGAUAAACACGCAGACAAACGGACGGUCGGUUGGUUUUUAAUGAGUUCUCCAUUCCCCACGUUAAUCAUCUGCCUUAGUUAUGUCUACAUUGUCAAGGUUUUGGGCCCAAAACUUAUGGAAAAUCGAAAGCCUUUUCAACUCAAGAACGUUCUGAUAGUCUAUAAUUUCUUUCAAGUUCUCUUUUCGGCGUGGUUAUUUUACGAGAGUCUGAUGGGAGGCUGGUGGGGCGAAUAUAGUUUCCGCUGUCAACCAGUAGAUUAUUCCGACAAUCCAACAGCUAUAAGGAUAGGAAUGUCCGGAUGGCUGACGGGCGAGUACUCGUUGAGGUGUCAACCGGUAGACUACAGCGAUCGGCCCCAAGUAUUACGGAUGGUUCAUGCAAGUUGGUGGUACUACUUCUCCAAAUUCACAGAAUUUAUGGAUACGAUCUUUUUUGUACUGCGUAAAAAAACCGAUCACGUAUCCACACUUCAUGUGAUCCAUCACGGUUGUAUGCCCAUGUCUGUUUGGUUUGGCGUCAAAUUUACACCUGGCGGACAUUCGACAUUCUUUGGUUUGCUCAACACGUUUGUACACAUUAUCAUGUAUUCGUAUUAUCUGUUGGCUGCCUUGGGCCCCAAGGUGCAACCAUAUCUUUGGUGGAAGAAGUACCUCACAGCUUUCCAAAUGCUACAGUUCGUAGCAAUCAUGGUGCACGCAUUCCAACUACUCUUCAUUGACUGCAAUUAUCCGAAAGCUUUUGUCUGGUGGAUCGGCAUGCACGCCGUCAUGUUCUUCUUCCUGUUCAACGAAUUCUACCAACAGAGUUAUGCACAGAAAAGUAGAAAAGCCGCAAAAGCAGCCGCAGCCGCAGCAGCAAAAGAAGCAUCAGCUAGUAGCAGCACGUUAUCAAAUGGAAAAACGCCGUACAAUGGCACUGAGUUAAACGGCACGAGACGACGAGAGGCUGCCGAUUAUUACGUCAAGGGCGACAGCAUCGCUGUCUCUGAAUUGCAUUUGCGAAAACCUGCAUUCGCCGCUGCAGCUGCCGCUCCUAGUGAAUAAUUCUCGAUAUUGGUAUCUGCGAAGGAACUUUAUUUUUUGUUUGUUUUCUUGUUGAAAAAAAAAUUAUGAUAGCCGAUAGAUUAAGUAAUGAGCUCGUAUUUCAAAUGCGUUUUUAAAAUUAGCGAUGAAAAUGUGUGAGUGUACGCGCGCGUGUUUGUAAGAGAAAAAGACAGCAAAAUAGAGGAAGAGAGGGGGAGACAGAGAGAGAGAGAGAGAGAGAGAGAGAGAGAGAGAGAGAGAGAGAGAGAGAGAGAGAGAGAGAGAGAGAGAGACAGACAGACAGACGACAGACAAAGAGAGAAGCGUCUAUGGAAGAGACAGGCGGGUUCACAAAAGUUGUGGUGUGACAUUAACGCAGUGUGCAAGAAAAAGAAAGAACAGAACAAAGCCUUGCUAUCAGUGUUGACUAGCACACUGUUAUCGUCAGCGACCUGAGAAAACUUUUGAUUACGUUUUCUUGCGAGAUUUUUCUUUCUGUACUCAAAGAUGAAACUCCAAGUGUGCCGAUAGUUACCUGUUGGAGCUUCCUAUAUUGCGGUUACUUCACUAGCGAUUAAGUGUGUUAUAUACAAAGAACUUGCGAUUAAAAUUUCAUCUACAUUUUUCAAACUGUACAUUCGGCUGUAUAUGCAAGAAAGUAAUGUUGUUUUUCUUCCUGAAACAGUUAGUACUAAUACCGAUAUUCGCUUGACUGCUGAAUCAUUGUAAAUCCAAUCUAAAAAUUAGGUACAAUCAAUUCUCAAGAUAUGAUCACUUCAUUCAAAAGUCUCGAUCUACUAAGAUCUAUGAAUAUAUAUUAUAGAAAAAAAGAAGUCAGAUUGCUUGAUUGCCAACUAUAAGAUCAUCAAUAUUUACAUAAACUUAUAAAUUUAUUAUGUAUAUAUAAUAAUACGUUUAAGUAACAAAACGUGCCAAUGAUUGAACACUGUUGAAAUAUACAUUAUUAGUUUAUUGUUUUAAUGAAUUAAAACGAACAAGUAUGUACAUCCGCUAUUCUUGUGAUGUUUUCCGCUUUACAGUUUCUAGUUUGCUCAAUGAAUAAUGCGUGCUAUCGACGCUGAAUAUUAUUUACUUUUUUUAUUGAAUACCUUACAUUUUUAAAAAGUAUCAACUUUCAUGUCAAUGAAUCAUAUGUUUUUCUUUUUUAAAUUAAGGAAGAUUCACUUGUUCAAUUUAUCAAAUCUGCGAUACCCGAUGCGCCAUUCUUUCAUUGAUAGAAAAAAAAUCAUUGUAAAUAAAUUAUAUAUUGUUGGAAAAGUUAGGGUUCGCGUACAACACGUGCAAUAAUAGUGGUCUUCGACAUGUAGAAUAUAGUUGAUAGGGUGUCAUUCUUUUUAUAGGCGAAUAUUUUUCAUGGCAAUUUUAAAAUGAAAAACGUUUAUACAUAGUUAACUUAAUAUCUCAAUAAUUCAAUAAUUAACAAUUAAAAGAUCAUCACGGUCCUGUGAUAUUGGCUAAAUUUGAUUUUUAUAACGUGCUUAUUAAGUAACUUUUUUGAGAACGUUUUUAUAGAAAUAAAAUUCAUUUUUAUAAUGAAUGAUUACAUCAAUCGAAUUAGUAGUGUAAUUAUAAAAAUAAAAUAAAUAAUUAUGUUUUAUGAACGAGUUCUAAGCAGUACUUAAAUACAAUAAGUACUAUAAAGUUAUUUCUUUAUUCACAAUGAUGUUGUUGUAGUUUUGAAAUGUUCCAUUAGGACUUUUUUAUGAAAUUUGUAAUGAAACAUGUUGAAAGAACAUAUACAUAACACUACUGCCAUAACAAGUGUUGGAAAAGCGCCUAUCUGAUAAGGUAAAAUAACAAUUGUAUAAAUUUUAAGCUCUAAAUUAUAAAAUUAAUUUUCCAAAUUGAAAGAAAUACCAUUGUAUAAAUUUUGUUUUCAAUUUCUUGUCCUUUGAUGAACAAAUAAAUUGAAAUAUUUUUU